AUGUUUUUGAAUCAUCGCUUGUCAAUUGCUCUGCGACCGCCUGUGAGGGCCUCAGAGCGCAGCUCUAAGGCAAAACAGAACGCUCGUAUUCCGUCCUGCGGUUGUUCUAGCAUGGGAACGCUACUUCCACAUGAACCAAGGGCGACUCAUAUCUCCAUCAAGCCGGUGAGCACUGCUCUCUCUCUCUCUCUCUCUCUCUCUCUCCCUCUCUCUCCCUCUCUCUCCAAUUUGCAUUUUUGACCAAAGUGCACGUACAACUUGUGAGGGAUUCUGAGUUUCCGUUUUUUCACAAAAGGUCCGGAUUCAUGAAAGCAGAGCAUGUUGACAGAGGUGAUGGCUUGAUAUCUAGGAUGUGAAUGCAUUUUACAAAGUCUUCUGCGCGCCGGUAUUUCUUAAGCGUAAUUUACUACCCAAGGCAACACUUGCUGUCCAAGUUUGGUUUCAUUAAUUGUCAAAAAGGACCCGUGUAAAGCGCAGCUGAAUUUUUGGGUCUUGUCGCUACGUCAUUUUUCCUUUUUAUCUUUUAGCUUUGGCGCCCAUUCUGCAUGGAAUUUGAGGGCGUCAUUGAGGAUUUCAAUCAAGGUACCCUCCUUCGACUAGAUGCAAACAAGGGCUACGAUGAAGCCAACACAUGUGUCGUCCCCAGGAUCCAGUUCCUUGCCAUUGAGAUCGCUCGAAAUCGGCAGGGCUUGAAUGAUCGUGUGAAGAAGACGGCAGUAGGCUCCUAG